ACUCCCAUCCUGUCGGGAACUGUUGUGAGACUCUCAUCGGAGAGGAUCGUCCGAACUCCGCUCCUGCGCUCCGACUCCGACUCGCGAAAACAGCGUUUAAGCUGUAAGUUUUCACACGGACCUGGAAAGAAGUUGAUCUGAUACUAAAGCCAAUCUGUUUCUGCUGGCACAGAACUGACGCUGGUCUGUGCCACUGCGGCCGAAAAGGGAUCCCUCUGUCUUCCAUCAGCAGGACGAGAAGACAGACUGUGAACAAAACUCAUCAUGAACUGGGCAUUCCUCCAGGGCCUCCUCAGCGGGGUGAACAGAUACUCCACAGCCUUCGGCAGAGUGUGGCUCUCUAUUGUCUUCCUCUUCAGGGUUAUGGUGUUUGUGGUGGCAGCAGAGAAGGUGUGGGGAGAUGAACAGAAAGACUUCAACUGCAACACAGCUCAGCCCGGGUGCCAUAACGUCUGCUAUGACCACUUCUUCCCCGUCUCCCACGUGCGCCUGUGGGCCCUGCAGCUUAUCUUUGUCACCUGCCCCUCUCUCCUGGUGGUGAUGCACGUGGCCUACAGGGAGGACCGGGAACGGAAACACCGGCUCAAGUAUGGCGAGAACUGCAAGAGUCUCUACCAAAAUACUGGCAAGAAGCGCGGAGGCCUGUGGUGGACCUACAUCCUCACAUUGGUCUUUAAAAUAGGUGUGGAUGCCACCUUUGUCUACCUGCUUUACCACAUCUACGAGGGCUACGACUUUCCCACUCUCAUUAAGUGUUCACAGGUGCCCUGUCCCAACACGGUGGAUUGCUUCAUCGCUCGGCCUACUGAGAAAAGAAUCUUCACCAUCUUCAUGGUGGUCACCAGCUUGGCCUGCAUCCUCCUGUCCUUUUUUGAAAUCCUCUACCUACUCGGCAAACGCUGCCGUGAGUUUUUCACUUCAGUCCAUCAUUCUCGCAACAUCAACACCCACGCAAUGUCCAGCGGAAGCAAACUGAUGGAGAUGAACACUUUGAAGUCGACGGACAAAAGGACCCCGGAUACUCCCGCACCCUCGUACAGUGUCGCUGUAUCUUGAGAUACUGAGAACAUGACAAAGACUUUAUGAAAAAGACACGGGAAAGGAAAGCCAUCUCUCUUCAACUUACAUGAAACUUCCUUGAAAGACGUGUCAGCAGAUUUUCUUUUUCUUCUCGGAGGCUGAACUACAGUGUAGUUUAUUCCAUGUGUUUUGAAAAUGUAAAAUUCUGCACUACAAGAAGUGUCAUUGAUGUGGGAUCUGUAGAGACUUCUUUGACAGUUUACAUUUCUUUAGGCCUCGCAGGGAAUAAAAGCCAGUGUGUGUGAUGCAGUGUCCCAUCCAGCCUUCAGAUCAAAUACAUGAGUCACUCGCUGGUUUGGCGAGUGUGGUUUUACACACACACACAUGUGGUUUUCUGUGUAAGAUUCUCCUCUGCGCUCGCCAAGCCUCCAGAUGCUUGGUUCAAACUGCGCUCUUUCCCUCUGACUCAGACGUGUAUGCUGGUAAACUGUAUUUUUCAUUAUUUAUGGAAAGAUUUGAAAAGUUGUGCGUUUUACUGUCCUUACUGUUGUUGUUUUACACUAAUUCCUGUUUACGUGCAGUGGAGAGCAAAGAUAUCAAAAAUUCCUAUGAUAAACAGUUGUUGAUGAUAUCAUGAUGUGCAUAUUUCACUGCACCGAGGUGCAUGUUGGUUGUGACUAUUUUUCAUUAAA